AUGUAUCAACGCCUGCUAUCGUUUCUCAUUUCGUCAUCGGUGGCUUUAUUUUCUAACGCACAUACCUGGAUUGAUUGCCUGGAUCUCAAUUACACGAAAUUAUCAGAAGAAUACGGAAGUUUCAUGCAGUCUACUUCUUCUGUUAUGAAUGUUUGUAAUGGUUAUGGAGAGGGAUACCCUGGACGGUACGGAGGAACCGACAUAGAUUCCGUUUAUACUCAUAGGAUUGUUCAUGAUGAUGAAGUUCUAGGCGUGGAUGUAUGUGAUGGAGGUAGACUAGAGUCAGAAUACUCGAGAGGACAGAACGUUUUGAAAGUGGAACCCGGCAUGCGUGUGUACUAUGGGUAUUUGUCGAACGGUCAUGUAAGCAUAGACGAACUGGGUCAGAACACCUACCACGGAGUUUAUUGGUCUGGUUCUAGUUCUUAUCGUAUUAAUUCUACAUUGCAAAUCGACAACUCUACUCUCAUAGACGGAAAAGUACUACCAUUCGAUGAUGGAAGAUGUGGUGGUAAUGAUCAGAUAAGCGUUAGUAAUGGCUACACACGUAUGGAUUCAGGGGUUCCGUGUAUCGGUUAUUUCGACGUACCUGAUGAUACUGACUCAGGAACUUACGUUUUGGUGUGGUAUUGGAGGAUGUACUUGUUGAACUCAGCAGGUGUUAAAGAUCAGACACUAUUCUCGUACGAAGACUCUUUGCAUAACUCCAACGAUAGUAGUGCGUGUAAUCUGUUACCCUACAUGAACUUUGAAGGCCUGCAUAUUUCUAACUCUGACCGUUUUUAA